CCCUAGUGGGUCAAUGACGUCACGUCAGGGGUUGGAGACAGUCGCCUGGCAUCGGUGCACUCCUGUUGUCCACAACGAUGAGAAACCGACAGAGUUCGUCUAAUAACGUCUUGAGUCCUGUUACUGCAGGUCAUCCUAAUAUCAAUCCAUAUAGUGAUUAUAUACGGCCUUUAUAUCACGAUGGUAACGUGGUAUUGGAAGUCGAAUGCGGUGGUAACAACGGUUUGUUAUAUCUGUCGAAAUUGUGUCAGGGUUCUAAAGGGCCUUGUAUUCUGUAUAGAGAUAUGUGGUUAACCCCCAACGAAUUUCAGUACGUUAGCGGAAGAGAAACAGCAAAAGAUUGGAAAAGGAGUAUUCGUCAUUAUGGUAAAAGUAUGAAGUUGUUAUUAUCGAAAGGAAUCCUUGCCGUACAUCCACCAGUUUGUGACUGUACUGGUUGCCGUAUCAGUUCGCCUGUGAAUCGGAAUAGACUAGAAGAGAAAUUAACUCCAGAACAAGUUAAUAAUGGAUACUGCGGCAGUUCAAUUACUAGUACAUCAAAAAAUAUGCCGCCUAUGCCUGUAUUUGGAUUUAACGAUUAUUUAGAAGAAUUUAAUGAAUUAAAUAAGGCCAAUAAAAAUAAUUUUAAAAGUAUUAAUCCACAAAUAAGGAAACCCAACGGAGAAAAGAGUCAAAAAUUGAGUAUUGAAGUGAAGAAAGAAAUCCGUUUAACAAAUAUUAUUGACCAGUUAGUGAUAAACAAAACAAAAUCUUUGAAUCAAUCUGAAGAAAAGAAGACAAAUAUAAAUAAUUCCACAGAAACUGUUGAAACAGAUAUUCAUUCUACAGAGACUCCUGGCUAUUCUGGUGCUCUAGAAGCAAGAACUGUACCUGUCAUUUCUGAAGCACCUUCGGAACAUUUACCUAUAACGACAUCUGAAGAACAGAUUCAACCAGGGAUAUUAGUCAAUCAGUCUUCUGUGAAUAAAAUUAAAGAUUUAUCAUUUGAUGAAACAGAGAUUCAAAAUAUUUCAGAAAUUAAAGCAUCUAAUGAAUCGGGCCUGCUAGGUUUAGAGAAUCUUCAUGAAGUGGAAAAUUCUUUCAAUGAAAAUCAAGAUGAAUUUGAAAGUGAAGCAGAAUGUUCUUCAGAAACAGAAGAUUUCAUUCAAUCAAGAAAUGAUAUUCAACAAACUGCAGAUCAAAUUGAACAGUUGAACAAUUUUGUUAUUUCAGGAAAUACUGAUACAGCCAUUCAAUCUUCUCAGUUGAAUGUAGAUCAGAACUGUGUAAAAUCUGAUGUUUCUAUCAAAACAGAAAGAGUUAGUCCAGAUUUGGAAUUGGGCAACUGUGAAUUAUCAACUACCUAUUCCAUGGCAGCUUGGACAAAGAAACAAUAUGAUUUGUGGACAAGAAAUUGCCAAGAUUUCAUUAGGAGUUUUGCAAAGUAUAACGGCUUUACAACAUUGCAAACACCUUGUUUUAUGCCAUCAUUUGAAACAAAAUUACCGAAUGUUCAAACAAUGGUUGAUCGUCAAACCCAUAGUUCUCCUCCUGUAUAUGGUGAAUCUCAAUUGGAAACUGGUGAAAGCUCUAACCUUGUUCGUACAUCUAGUACCUCUCAGCUAGAAACUUAUCUCAGAACACCUCCAAAACGUACUCAUGGUGGAGAGCAUCGAUCUGAUCCAUUAGAUCUUACUGUAACCACUACAAAAAAACCACGUGUCGAUGAUUCUAUUAAAAUAGAAGCAGAAGAUUUUUUGAUGUCUUUUGAUGAUAGUCAAUCUUGUGAUAGCAAAACUUCAGAUAUUGCGAUCCCUAAAUCUACAGGAACAAUACGUUGUGCAUCUGUUUGCACACAACAGAUCUGUCCUGACCAGUCUGAAACGGUUGAUGUCACACAAUGGAAUGUGGAUGACGUUGUUCAGUUUGUUACAUCAAUAGAAUCUUGCACAGAUUAUGCAGAGGUAAAAUUUUAG